UUCACUGAUUCUUUAAUUUUCUAAAGUCAUUCUUUUCAUAUAGAAAGGUUUAUUAACAGAUUCAGAAUUUUAAUGUCAAUAGAGAUCAAUUCUUCUAAAACUUGUCUAAAUUAGUACUUUAAAAUCUAAGACAGAUCAUUCGGAAUUUUUAGAAUUCUUUUUUAUCGUGACACGAAAGAUGUAUGAUUUAACAGAAUGUUGACAAAAAUCUAGAAUUGUAUAGCAGCUAGUUCUUUACAAUGUUAAGGAAUCUUGAUAUUCACUAUGGAUAACUACUCAAAAAUUACAGUGUUAUUGAGUAUCGCAGCUGGAAUUGAAUCGAUUCAGGACGAUCUUUGAUCUUAACUAUACAUAAAACUGUCACUAACUUCUAAUCAGAAAGCAUACAAAUUUGAUCGAAUUAUUAUCUUGUAGAAAAUUGUUGAUUCUGCAAACUUUUUCUUCUGAUACUUACACAAAUAAAUGAAAAAUCUUGAAUUUCAUGUUCGAAUGCAAGUCUUGUCAUAGCAGAAGUUCAGCUAGAAGUCUAAGGGAGCAGAUUUCUUUGAUUCUCGCUUAAAGUUUUUUUUUUAAAUUGUCCUUUUCGUCAUAUUUUUUUUCCAAUUGAGAAUUCAUCUCUGUGAAAUGAUGAUAUUUCAUGGAUUUAAAUUCCAUGUAGUAAAUAAAUUUGUAUUUUUAUUCAUCUUAAAAUUUUGUCAUUCUUAUUUGACAAGCUUUUUCAGGCCAUUCAAUGCUGAUACAUUACUUUUUCCUACUCGCUUUGCCAUGAUUAGGAAGCUGCGGAUCCACAUUUUUGUGCACCCGGAUUCAAACCCGAGGUUUUUCCCAUCAAUACCUGCCACACUUUGUGUGCUUGAACAAGUAAAGGAUCAAAGUUUUAGCUAUUUAUUCGCUACUCUUUGAAAAAAAUUCAACGUACAGUUAUAUCUCGUUAUUGUAUGUCUCAUCUGAAGAGCAGCGGAUCCACAAAAACGUGUAACCGGGUCCAACAAAACUUUGGACUCGGGCUCGGAUCAGGCCCGAGUAUGGAAGGACCUGCAGCUCUCUAGUCAUGAUUCUCCUAAUUGAAUACUCGACUGAAGCAAUAUCUAGAAUCAUAAAUGAACACUGAUCACGUCUUAUAACUUGAAUAUUUAGUUCUUUCAUAUAAGCAAUAGUCUUGUUUUUUUUCGUUGUAUAAUUUAAUAUAAUGUCUUGCGGAAGAAUCAUGCUGAAGAAAUGGUUCUACGUGAGUCACUCUGAAAGUUUUUAGGUUCUUGAUUAAAUUUAGUAGCUAUAUACUAAUUUAGUAUUUGUGGUAGUAGACCCGAGUCUUAUAAGAAAGUUCACAAAGUUUUGGUUCUUGGAUAUUUCUCCUUUCGUUUUGUUGUAGAUUAAGUGAUAUUAGGUUGGAAAUAAUGCAUUGCCCGAGGGAUAUCGCUAUAGUUUUAAAUAGAGUAAAUAAUGAGUUUUAUACCAAACGAAAGCUCAUCAAAAAUGAGGUUUAGUGGUACUAAACAAGAAGAGUUAUGAAAAUUUUCUAAUGUUCGUUUGGUAUAAAAUUCAACAUUUACUCUAUUUAAAAUUCUAGCGAUAGCCCCUGGUGAAAUAUUAUUUUCAAUCUAAUAUCACUUAAUCUACAACAAAACGAAAGGAGAAAUGUUCAAGAGCUAAAAUUUUGUGGAUUUUACUCCAAGACUUGGAUCUACUAUUACAACUAUUAAACUCAUAUAUAUCUAUUAAAUUUAAUCAAGAAUUUGAAAAACUUUCAGAGUGACUCACGUAUUAUAUGUUUGAUAUGGUAUUUACUGGUAAUUAUAGAAUUAUGUUAAAUAAACUAUAACUGCAUUUCAUUAUAAAUAUUCACUCCUAUUGAAACUAUUAGAACCAAAUGAUCUAAAUUAUCAUUUCGUUAGAUUUUUUUUCAAUGUUUUUCUUAGUAAUCGAUUACUUCUAGUAUAAUCUGUAUUUUUAAUACGUUAGUAUGUAUAAGAAUAAAAUCAUAUGUAGUUUGUAGUUAUCGUAGAUUUCUAUAAAAGAUUGCAUAAUUGACGAUAAAUCGACUGAGUCCUGUAUCAUAUAUUUUUGAAAUAAGAGCUGGAUAUUAUCGAUGUAUCGGUUAUUUCUUCUAUUCUUGAUGUCAGAUUCCCGUUCUCGUAGAUCUCUGAGUUCAAUUUACUUAUUCAAUUCAUAUAUGAUAAUUCUUUUUGAAUAGGCAUGACAUUAAUCUAUGUAUAAUGAUGUUAUUUUUUUUCUAGAACCCAGUAAAAUUAUCACAUUCACGUGCUUAUACUGUUCCAUUUGUUGAUCCUCCCGAUGGCAUUUAUUUACGUGUAACAAAAGAUAUUAAACGAUUAAGAAAAGAAAUUCCUCAAAAAGAAAUUCGUCGUAUUGCGCGUGCCCCAUGGAAAAAGCUCAAUACAAAUUUUGUCUCGUAUGUUGAUGAUGAUAUUGUUGUAUUAGAUUAG